CGAGACGGGGAAGGAGGGAAGGAGGGAAGGAGGGAGCCCUGCCGCUCCGGCGCAGAGAUGGACCUGCGGCUGGCCCAGCUGGUGGAGGAGCUGACCACGGCGGGGGAGCCGCAGCUGGAGCCGGGCCGGCUGAAGGAGCUGAAGAAAAUAUGCAGGUCGUCGGAGGAGCACCUGAGCCACGCGUACCACCUGCUGCUGACCAGGCUCCACGAGGAGCACGCCGAGAUGCGCUUCUCCGCCUUCCAGAUCGUGCAGGAGCUCUUCUCCCGCUCUCACCGCUUCCGCACGCUGCUCGUUUCCAACUUCCAGGAGUUCCUGGAGCUCACGGUGGGGACGGACCACGAGCAGCCGCUUCCCCCGCCCCGGGAGGUGGCCCAGAAGCUGAGGAAAGCGGCCAUUGCGGCGGUGCUGGGCUGGCACGAGAAGUAUGGCGAGGCCUACAAGAAGCUGUCUCUGGGAUAUCACUACUUAAAGCAGAACAAGAAGGUGGAUUUUCAGGACGUGCAUGCAAGAACAGUGGCUGAAAGGAAAAGGGAAGAAGAGAAGCAAAAACGAUUGGAUAACGUUUACAAAGAAAAAGCCAAAAGAGCUGAAAAAGAAAUGGCAGAACUGUCCCAAGAGGUUGCUGAGACACUGACAGAGAUGGAGAACUGUUUCCGGCUUCUGUUGCCAGAUCCUUUUGACUUCACUGUGAGCAACACAGGACUGGAACCCAAUGAACAAACGAGUGCUGACAAGGAUAGAUCUGCAUCCUCCUUGUCCUCAUGUGUGGGAUGUGUGGAUGAUGAACAGCCGUGCUGUAGCAAGGACAUUCUUCCUGUUUCUCAGUGUGUCAGAACGGAUCAAAACAAAGAGUUAGGUGACAAACAGAAGAAGCCUGAGCAAAAUAUAUUAGAUGGAGACACGUGCUCUGAGGUUGAAACUGGUGUUCCUGUUCUUGGUGAUGAUGAUUAUGAAACUUUUGUCAGGAAUCAUGGACUGAUUUCUCAUAAGUAUACUCUAGACCUUGAACUCUCUACAGAUAUCAAAGUGCAUGAGAACGAAGACAAUACUGCUGUAAUAAACAGUGUUGUGGAUGCUCACAAACUCGUCAGAAAUAAGUUCUUGCCUUCCGUGCAGUCCUGGAUUCAGUUAUUUACCCGAGCAGGAAUAAACGACGAUCGGUUGAGAUGUGCCAUUGAUCUUAAGAAUAAACUGGAGGCUGCUCUGAGGAAAUACAAGGAAAUGAACAUUACUUUUAAAGAGAGAAAAAGAAAAGUGAUGAAAGCUUCAGAUGAUGAAGAUGAUGAUGAAGAUGACUUUGUGGAGGUCCCUGAGAAGGAAGGUUAUGAGCCCCACAUUCCAGACCACCUGCGUAAGGAAUAUGGCCUUGAGCCUCAGUCACCCCCAAAAGCACCAGCAAGGAAGGCUCCUGCAGGACCAGCUCCGUUCAGCUCCUGUGCCCGGCUGAAAGGGAAUGAAGAUGAACUUGAUCCAACUUGUGCAGCUGCAACAUUGAAGCUUAUCAGAGAUAAACUAGAAAAGUUAACACCUCCACAGGCCAGUGAGUCUGCAACUACUGAGCCAGCAGCUUUGGAAGAGCCUGACAGUAAGAGAAGAAAACUAGAAGAGGAAAGAGCUAAAGCUCCCCUCAUGCCUUUUGGGUUAGAUCUUCACUACUGGGGACAGGAUCAGCCAAGUGCUGGGAAGAUUCUCAAAUUUACUUCCGAGCAUCGAUUUUGGGCACCCAGUGAAGUAGAGGAAGAGGUAGAAAAUAAAGAAAUAACCGAAAUGUUAAACACCAGAUAUAUAACGUUUGCUGGCAAGUUUGAACCAGUGAAGCAUAAAUGUCGAGCACCAAUGCCUGAUGGAAGUCUGUGUGAAAGACAAGAUCGGAUUAAGUGCCCUUUCCAUGGAAAGAUAAUUCCUCGGGAUGAGUGUGGGGUUCCUACCAAUGCAGAGGACAGAGCCAGAGAAGAAAAGAUGCGCUUUGAGAAGCAAGCAAAUCAGCCAGAGUGGCGGGAUCCAGAAUUCAUGAGAGAAGUCGAAGCAGCCACAGGAGUGGAUCUUGGUUCCUCUAAAAAUAAUGGGAGAGGAGGAAAAAAGAAAGGGAAGAAGAAAUACCCAAAUCUGACAGACCUGAAGCAGCAGGCUAACACUGCUCGUUCCCGGCUUGAGAAGAUAGUCUUCAAUAAAGGUGCUGUCAAACGAGUGGUGAAAGCAAUGAAUCAGAUGGACCAAAGAAAGCAUGAGAAGUUUGCCAACCAGUUUAACUACGCACUGAAUUAAGUUGUAGCAAAAUGCAAAGAAGAUGAACAAAAGUGCAACUGUACAAAGCUUUAGCACGGGCCUCCAUGUUUGAAAUACUGCGCUGUGUGAAUUUUUACUGGGAUUACUUUUUAAAGUGUUUUUAAUUUCUAAUUUAUUUUACAAUUAACAAGAAUAUUGGCAAAGAUGUGAAAGUACAUAAUGGACUUAAUACACUUAGUGAUAAGUAUUGGAAA